AUUCAUAUAGCCUCCAACUCAUUUAAGAAUAUCAACGAACAUGAAUGUUUUUUCUUUUUUCCAGAGUACCAACUACCAUCCAUUGGUCUUCAUUUCACCCAACAGAGAUUAAUCUCUUCUUCUUCUUCUUCCGUUAGGCCACGAGAUCUCUUUUCUCUCUUUCUCUUUCUCUAACAGAUCUGGAUUUUUUUUUUCCGGUACUAUUUUUUCAUCAUGUUAUGCAGAUCAAAUUUCUACCAUGUUGAAAUUCUGAAAAUCCCCAAUAUUAUCCAUCCCAAUUAUAACUGCCGGAGUCGAGAAGCAUUCGAUUUCCCAGCACCAACAGCUUCUCGAAUGAGGUAUGCUCUGUGUUUCUCGGGUCUUGGAGAGGUUAUCGCGCAGUUUUAGUUGUGGAAAUAGAGCACAAAUCUCAAAAAUUCCACUUCCCUUGUUUCUAGGGUUUAUCCUUUUCUCGCAAAUCCUCCAUUCACGAAAGCUAUAAUAUUCAUCCAUAGUCAAUUUGUCACUGCUUUAAUUUUAUAAUUUUCUCUUCAUUUGGGCGGUUGAUCGGGAAUUGAUGGCGGCGGAGUGGCACCACUUCCUUCAAUCGGUGUUGUAGGGAGUCAUCUUCUCGUAUCUGCUAGCGAAGCUAUUCUUGUUGGGAGUCAUCUUCUCGUACUUGCUAGCGAAGCUAUUCUGGGUUAUAUUCGCCUUCCGCGACGAGAAUCUGAGGAUCACGCGCGCUGAUUCCCCCGAACCUGAAGUUGAAGUGAGAGCAGCUGAUUCUUCGGCUCGGAAUUUGGAUGAGAAUGAGCCGUUGAUCCGCGGAGGUGCGGUAUCGGGGAAUGAAAGCGUGGUGAUGAGUGAUCAUAGUGAUAGUGAUGAUGAUUGGGAGGGUGUUGAGAGCACCGAAUUGGAUGAGAUCUUCAGUGCCGCCACUGCGUUUGUUGCGGCCAUGCCGACAGGGCGACGAUGAAGGUGUCGAAUGAUGCCCAGCUACAGCUUUAUAGCUUGUACAUAAGAUUGCGACUGAGGGACCGUGUUCGGCUCCCCAACCUAUUGCCUUGAAAAUGACAGCUAAUAUGAAAAUCAACGUGGGUCGUUUAGUACGAUUGGUGCGCUGGAAGGAGCACACUAUCUGGCAACAGGGGAGCUCUUGAGCCUCAGCGAGCAGCAUCUUGUGGAUUGCAAUCAUGAGAUGGUUAUUUUCAACACUCCCCCUCAAGUUGAGUAAUGACAUUUCCGAUACUUAACUUGUCCAGAACUUCUCUGAAGACUUUUGUGUUUACAGCCUUAGUCAAUAUGUCAGCCAACUGUUCAUCCGAUCGUAUGAAAGGAAGUUCAAUGAUCCCACUAUCGAGCUUCUCUUUGAUGAAAUGCCGAUCGAUCUCCACGUGUUUGGUUCUGUCGUGUUGUACGGGAUUUUCAGAUAUACUAAUCGCAGCUUUAUUGUCACAGAAGAGCCGACUUCCCCUUCUUGGAGGAAAGCCAAUCUCUGGCCACUACUUUCUGUUUUUUGCUUCUCCAUGUGACCAAGUUUCCUCCAACGAAGGUAAAAUAUCCGGCGGUAGAUUUCCUAUCAUUUGGGUUACUGGCCCAAUCUGCGUCUGUAAACCCGUCAACUUCCAAAUCUUCCUUUUUUUCAAGCAAAAUCCCAUAAUCAGUGGUUCCUUUCAGAUACCGGACAAUUCUCAAAGCUGCCUCCAUAUGCUCCUUCUGGGGUUUGUGCAUAAACUGACUUACUAUUCCAACUGCAUAUGUGAUGUCGGGCCGUGUAUGGGAGAGAUAGAUGAGUUUCCCAACAAGGCGCUGGUUUACACUCGAGUAGCCCAGUUUCUGCAAGUAAGUCAAGGACAUACUUUCUUUGUCUCAGGAAGAUUCCCUUUUUCGACCUUAAAAUCUCAAUUCCAAGGAAGUACUUCAGAGAUCCAAGGUCUUUCAUUUCAAAUUCCAGGAACAAGUUUUUCUUCAGGAAUUUCUUGAAGGUUAUAAAUCCCCUAUAUGGAGAUGAAGCUGAUUCACUGGAGUUGCGUAUCGCAGAUGCAACUUAUGCGACUGAAGAUGCUAUCAAAUCUCAUAUUGUGGGCAUGGUUCAGCUGAGCAGGUCGAAAGAAACCAAAGAUACUAUGGAAUCUCAUAUUGUGGGGAAGGUCCAGCUGAGCAGAUCCAAAGAAGCCCUGCUUCUUCAACAGUUUUCGAUAACCAAAAACAAUGCAAAAAGUUCAUUCUCUUAUGUGCACAGUUUGUGGCUAAAAAUCUGAAUUAGCUUUGCAUUUGACAAUAUACUCUUUAGAACAUUGCUUGAUGGUCAACCUGUUAUAACUACAAACCUUAUAUAUGUAGAAUAUCAUUUAGUGAAUUCACAAAA